GGGCGGGCGGUUCCGCGCACGCCCGCCCAGUUGCCGCCCGGACCUCGGAGCUGGGGACGCUCGCGCGACCUCCGCGGGAAGAUGAACGGGACGCGGAACUGGUGUACCCUGGUGGACGUGCGCCCGGAGAGCCAGACCACGGUGGGCAGGAAGACCUACGCCAUGGUGUCUGGGCCCUCCUCAGGGCACUCUCUGGCGUCGGAACUGGUGGAGUCCCAUGACGGCCACGAGGAGAUCCUUAAGGUGUACUUGAGAGGGCGGUCCGGAGACAAGAUGAUGCAGGAGAAGACCAUCAACCAGCUGAAGAGUGAGGUCCAGUACAUCCAGGAGGCCAGGAACUGUCUGCAGAAGCUUCGGGAGGAUAUAAGUAGCAAGCUUGACAGGAAUUCGGAAGACCCUCAGCGUCAGCAGGAAAUGCAGGUGGUGCUAGAAAAGCCAAAUGGCUUCAGUCAGGAUCCCAUGGCUCUCUACAGCAGCCCACCCGAGGUGCACACCAGCAUGAGUGAAGAUGUCGAGAGCCUGAAGAAGACCGUGCAGGACUUGCUGGCCAAGCUGCAGGAGGCCGAACAGCGACACCAGGCGGACCGUGUGGCUUUUGAGGUCACACUCAACCGGUACCAGCGAGAGGCAGAACAGAGUAAUGUGGCCCUCCAGAGAGAGGAGGACAGAGUGGAGCAGAGAGCCGCAGAAGUCGGGGAGCUGCAGAGGCGCUUGCUGGGCAUGGAGGCGGAGCAUCAGGCCUUACUGGUGAAAGUGAGGGAAGGGGAGCUGGCCCUAGAGGAGCUUCGGACCAAGAACGCUGACUGCCAAGCAGAAAGAGAAAAGGCUGCUGCUCUGGAAAAGGAAGUGGCCGGGUUUCGUGAAAAGAUCCACCACUUGGACGAUAUGCUCAAGAGUCAGCAGCGGAAAGUUCGGCAGAUGAUAGAGCAGCUCCAGAAUUCAAAGGCUGUAAUCCAGUCGAAGGAUGCCACCAUUCAAGAGCUCAAGGAGAAAAUUGCCUAUCUGGAGGCUGAGAACUUGGAGAUGCACGACCGCAUGGAGCAUCUCAUAGAGAAGCAGGUGGCCCGCGGGAGCUUCAGCACACAGACCCGGGCCAAGACCGAGGACCUGGGCAGUGUCAGGAUAUCCAAGCCCCCCAGCCCUAAGCCUCUGCCUCUCAUCCGAGUGGUAGAAACCUGA